AUGUUUGCCAACAAGCACGGGUUCAACUCCGUCCUGAAGGAUGGAUACCGUAUCGUGAAGAACAACGAGGAUGCAAUUCUGAAGAAUAUCGAGGCGUGCAAGGAAAUCUGUGGGAUUAUCCAGACGUCUCUUGGACCCAAGAGCAUGAACAAGCUAAUCAUUAAUCACAUCAACAAGAAGGUGGUCUCCAGUGACUGUAUCACUAUCCUGAAGGACCUGGAGAUAAACCACCCGGUGGUUAACAUUCUGAAAAAGUUAUCCGAGACGAUGAACUAUGAGUAUGGAGAUUUCACCAACUAUGUUUUUACCCUAGCGACAGAGAUGUUGGAUAAAGCUAGCCACCUUAUUCAGCAGGGAUUCAACAUCAAUGAUAUUUUAACUGGGUUCAUUUUAGGAUACAAAGAAAUUGAAAGAAUCCUUUCGUCCGAAUUGGUUGCCUACAAAAUGGAAAACUUCUCCGAUGAAAAGGAAAUUAAAAAGGUUAUUAAAUCUGUUAUGGUUACUAAGAAUCUUACGAACAACUUCGAUUUUAUCACCACUCUGUUAGCUCAAUGUAUAGCCACGUUAAUGCCUGAAGAGAAGGUGGACCUUUUCGAUGUAGAUAAUAUUAGAAUAUCGAAACUGAACGGAGGAAACUUAAUUGAUUCUCAGUUUAUCAUGGGGAUGGUAAUAACUAGAGACACACAUGGAAUCGUUAAGAGGAAAGAAAAUGCCAACGUCAUUGUACUCAACUGUGGGUUGGAAGCAGCGACGACGGAAACGAAAGGAACAGUGCUACUGAACAAUGCACAGGAGUUACUGAACUUCACCAAAGGGGAAGAAGACCAAAUGAAGAAAAUUAUUUCAAAUAUAAAAAAGGAAGGAGUUGAUGUGAUCAUUGUUAAUGGAGCCAUCUCUGAUAUUGCACAACAUUUCUGUGAUGCAGAAGAAAUCAUGACAUUGAAAAUUCCCUCCAAGUUUGAGACCUUACGAUUAUGUAAGCUCCUUAACAUAACCUCCCUCGUCAAGUUAGGUGUCCCGAAACCGGAAGAAAUCGGAAAGGCUUCCUCAAUAUAUGUGUCCGAAAUUGCCUCCAAAAAAGUAACCAUCAUUAAUUCGAUGAAUAAGAAGGUUAGUACUAUUAUACUCAGGGGGGCUACUUAUAACCUACUGGAUGAGGUCGAACGGUGCAUCCAUGACGGGAUCAAUGCUAUAAAGAACGCUAUCAAGGGGAACACCUUUGUCUAUGGUGGCGGUUGUAUUGAGGUUCAGCUAUGUGAGCGACUUAAAAAAUACGCUCAUCAGUUAAAGGGAGUGCACAACUAUAGCGUUAAAGUUUUUGCAGAAUCCUUCCUGGUCGUCCCACGAAUCCUGGCGACCAACUGUGGGUAUAACAGCACAGAUGUCCUGAACCAACUCAUUAAUGAACACAACAAGGGAAACACAGAUGUGUGUGUAAACAUAAACAAGGAUUCCUUCAUCACCUCUGCCAAGGAUAACUGCAUUUAUGAUAACCUCAAGUGCAAGAAGUAUGCGAUCGAUUUGGCUAUGGACGCUCUGCAGACAAUCCUCAAGAUCGACCAAAUUAUUCUGGCCAAACCUGCCGGCGGUCCUAAACCGCGCGACAAGAAUCCGGACUACGAUGACGCUUUUUAG